ACCUGCAGGAUCUCGCGCUUCUAGUUCAGCGUCACCGUCAUACCAGCAAUCUAUCUACCUACCUACAGUGCAGGGGUGUAGCACCCCUCCACCGCCGUCGACCAUGUCGGAGCAGGCCGUUGCGGCCGACCGGCGAGGCUGGCAGCAUCGGCCGUUCCGCCUUCUGGUCGUCCUCGUCCUCCUCUUCCUCGGGGCGCCGGGCGCCAUCUUCUUCUUCAUGUCGACCGGCCUGGCCCGCCUCCCUCGCAUCCGCCUCGAGUACGACAGCUGCAACGCUCACUCCGGCGCGCGUACGGAUCAGCCGCCGCCGUCACCGUCACCGCCGCCGCCGCCGCCGGAUUUGGGUGCCGACAACGGCGUCGAGGAGCAAAGGCCGCCGCUGCGCCAGCUGACGGACCCGCCGCACUCGCUCGGCCCGGUCGCGUCGGACUACGACGAGCGUAGAGCCCAGUGGCUCCGCGACAACCCGCGGUUCCCGGCCUUCGUCGCGCCGGGGAGGCCCCGGGUGCUCGUGGUCACCGGGUCGUCACCGCGCCGGUGCAGCGCCCCGGACGGCGACCACCUGCUGCUCCGCGCGUUCAAGAACAAGGUGGACUACUGCCGCGUCCACGACUUCGACAUCUUCUACAGCACGGCGGUGCUCGACGCCGAGCUGACGGGGUUCUGGACCAAGCUGCCGCUGCUGCGCUCCCUGAUGCUCGCGCACCCGGAGACGGAGUUCCUGUGGUGGAUGGACUCCGACCUGAUGCUCACCAACAUGCUGUUCGAGCCGCCGUGGGACAGGUACGGGAGCCACAACCUCGUCAUCCCGGGCUGGGACGCCAAGGUGUACGGCGCCAAGAGCUGGCUCGGCAUCAACGCCGGCAGCUUCAUCAUCCGGAACUGCCGGUGGUCGCUCGACCUGCUCGACGCGUGGGCGCGCAUGGGGCCGCGCGGUCCCGUGCGCGAGAUGUACGGCAAGCUCAUCGCCGAGACGCUCUCCGACCGCGGGCCGUACGAGGCCUGCGACCAGUCGGCGCUCGUCUACCUGCUCGUGACGGAGCGCGGCAGAUGGGGCGACAAGACGUUCCUUGAGAGCUCGUACAGCCUGCACGGCUUCUGGGCGAGGAUCGUGGACAGGUACGAGGAGAUGCGGCGCGAUCCGACGCCGGGGCCCGGCGGCGAGAGGUGGCCGCUGGUGACGCACUUCGUCGGGUGCAAGCCGUGCGGCGGGGACGACUCGAGCUACGACGCCGUGCGGUGCCGCCGCGGCAUGGAGCGCGCGCUCAACUUCGCUGACGACCAGAUACUGAACUUGUACGGGUUCGAGCACGAGUCGCUCAACACCACUGCCGUGCGGCGCGUCCGGAACGACACCGGUGGGCCGCUGGACGCGGACGAUGUGGAACUCGGCCGGCUCUUGCACCCGACUUUCAGGGCUGCCAACUUGUGAUUUAAGUUGGGGUUCAAUCAAUGAACUUCUCAAGGGCUAAGGGGAAUAUCCUUCUUAAUGUUACACACGGAUUUCAAUUC